AUGACGUUUGACAUCAUGUUUGACAGUGAAGGUGUUUACAGGAGAGUCAGAGAUGCCAAUAUCCUUAUUGACGACACAGUGAAGUUAUUGUAUCGUGUCCAGGAUGACGAGAUCUUGACCAAGAUGUUCUUUAAGCCUGCUCUUGAAUGGAAAUUCAAAGUCAAAAUACCAUGGGCACAGGGUGAUCAGCAUGCUCUCUUGUUUGUCAUCGAGGUUUCCGUAACGAGCAAUACCAAUGAUGAUACUGCCAAGCGUCUGCAAGGUCAUGCUGUCCACGUGAAAGGUGUCAACGGGUCUGAUAAGAGAAAUAGCAUCAACGAUGUUAACGAUAUCACGAACAUUCCUCAACCGAGCUUUUUGAACGGGACCACCAUCACUGGUGUUGAUAGCAACUCGUUUCUUUCUCCCGACAUCGUGAACGACAACUGA